AUGUUGUUCAUCAGUUCCUUUAUGCCUUUAUUGCUUCAAGCGUUGUGCUUGCAGCUGGCUGCCGCAAGCAUCCUGGGAGACAGAGGCAACACUGCGUUUGACUACAUCGUGGUAGGGGGUGGGAAUGCUGGCCUGACCAUUGCAUCCCGCCUAUCGGAGGACGCGCAACUGCGAGUCGCUGUCAUUGAAGCAGGCGAUUUCUAUGAAGAGGUGACGGGCAAUCAAAGCCAGAUUCCUUCCAACGACGGCCUGUAUAAUGGCAAGGCCGCAAACAACACCAACCCGCUUGUUGAAUGGGGUUUUAUGACAACACCACAGGCAGGCGUCAAUGAUGAAAAGGUUCAUUACGGACGAGGUAAAACGCUCGGUGGCUGCACGGCGCUAAACUACAUGGCGUACCAACGCCCUCCAAUGGGUGCUAUGGAAAGAUGGGCCGAAACUGUGGGCGACGAGUCAUGGACCUUUGAUAAUGCUCUCCCGUACUAUAAGAAAAGUCUCAACUUUACUCCGCCGAAUAUGCAGAAACGAAUUGCCAAUUCCACUCCGAGCUACGAUGAGUCGACCCUCGGACAUAACGGUCCAUUGGCAUUGACCUACCCCAAUUACGCCCAGGCCUUCAGCACCUGGGCAGCAAAAGGCAUGGAGGAAGUCGGUAUUCCACACAUCCCCGGAUUUAUCAGCGGCUACCUCAACGGCUCGAGCUGGCUGGUCCAUACUAUCGACCAGACAACGGGCUUCCGGGCAUCGUCUGAAUCAGCCUUCUUAAGACCCUUUCUCACCCGCCCCAAUCUGGCGGUCUACAGAAACACGCUGGCAGAGAAAAUCAUCUUCGAGGGAAAUGUAGCCACGGGAGUCCAAGUGACAUCGGCAAACCAUACCGUCUUAUUAGCAGCGCAAAAAGAAGUCAUUGUGUCCGCGGGUACAUUUCAAUCACCUCAGCUGCUUAUGGUCUCCGGUGUUGGACCGGCGGACCUACUACGCCAGCAUAAUAUAACAGUAGUUGCCGAUCGUUCUGGCGUGGGGCAAAAUAUGCAAGACCACGUAUUUUUUGGCAUCACGCAUAAGGUCAAUGUCCAGACUUUCUCCUCGCUGUCUAACCCAUCCAUCUAUGAAGAAGCCCUUCACUUAUUUCAAGAUCAGCAGGCUGGUCUACUGGCUAGCCCUGGAGGAGACUACUGUGGGUUUGAAAAGCUACCAAAGGAGUUCCGUGUGAAUUUCUCAAACAGUACACGCGAAUACCUUGACAGCCUUCCAUCGGAUUGGCCUGAGAUCCAGUACUUUACCCUUCCUGGAUAUGUAGGUGAUUUCUGGAAUCCUGGUGUUGGCGGGCCCACGGAUGGGAACUACGCCACCAUCAUGGCAACUCUGAUCGCCCCCAAGUCUCGUGGAAAUAUCUCUAUUUCAUCUUCCAGCAUGCACGAUCAACCGCUAAUUAACCCAAAUUGGCUGACCCAACCGGCCGAUAUGGAAACUUUCACGGCGGCAUUCAAGCGAAUGCGCCAGAUCUUCCAAGCCUCGGUCCUGCAAGAGAACCUGACGAUUGGGCCAGAGUAUUACCCAGGAGAUAAAGUGUCCACCGAUGAAGAGAUCCACCAGUUCAUCCGAGAUGCUUUCCAAACGAUGUAUCACGCCGCAGCGACAUGCAAGAUGGGAAAACCCGAUGAUACGAUGGCUGUUGUGGAUAUACAUGGCCUUGUAUACGGAACUCAGCGCUUGCGAGUCGUUGACGCCUCCGCAUUUCCUUUCCUCCCGCCCAAUCUCCCCCAAGGAACAGUCUAUAUGCUAGCCGAAAAGAUUGCAGAAGACAUCAAGCAUGGACAUUAG